GUGAUUGAGCAGUACAGCUGAGACGUGGCUCUUGGGGACACACUCUUUGAUUCUACUUGCAGCACUAAGCAGCGGGAAAUGGCUGCAGCCGAGUUGCGCAAAGAAGUGGAAGAUUAUUUGAAAGGGUUGAACAUCGAGACUGUGUGUGAGGAACAUCCCGAGGUGUUCACCGUUGAAGCCAUGAUGCCUUAUGUACAACACCUUAAAGGGGCCCACAGUAAGAAUCUGUUUUUGAAAGACAAGAAGAAAAAAAGCUUAUGGUUAGUGACAGUCUUACACAACAGACAAAUCAACUUGAAUGACCUAGCAAAGAAGCUGGGCUGUGGAAGUGGAAAUCUGCGCUUUGCAGAUGAAGGAACAAUGCUGGAAAAAUUAAAAGUUGGUCAAGGUUGCGCAACACCUCUUGCUUUGUUUUAUGAUAAACAAGGUGAUGUAAAAUUUGUGUUAGAUUCAAACUUCGUGGAUGGAGGACAUGAAAGAAUCUAUUUUCAUCCAAUGAUUAAUUCAGCCACUAUGGGUAUUAAGCCUAUAGACUUCUUGCAUUUUGUGAAGGAAACAGGACAUGAACCUACAAUUGUAAAGUUUGAUUAAAAUAGAAACAAACACUUAAAUGAAAUGACUUGCAACUGGCUGGAUGUAGUCAAUUUCUACAGUAACUUUUUUUUGAAAUUGAGAUUACUUACAUUGCAGUAAAUAUUCCCUCUACAUGGUUUUAAAUUUUUAGCAGGGGUUCAUCCAUUGUAUUAAUGAAGUAUGCCACUGUCUCAAAUGUUAUUGAUUACCUGCUGUAUUCUGUCU